AACCGAGGUAGAAUUCUCUGGUAUGUUCGCUAGGAUUCUCUACAGAAAAUUUCUGGACCUUAGUGCUAUGAAUAUUUUAUGGUAGACUUUUGUUGACUCCAAUGGUCCUGAGGUUAGGAAGCUCGAAUAACAGAAACCUUUUGAAGUCUCGUCAAAGAAGGGCAACCUAGCGAGAGGAGAGGAAAAACAGACCAAGACUCUCACAGACUCAACGCUAGGAUGACAACAUGUAUGGAUAUUCCUCCUGUUGAGGUUAAACAAGUACAGACCAAAUCCAAGCCCGAAGAAAAAGUUGAGUGUGCAGUUUGUAGUGAUAAGUCCACAGGGAAACAUUACGGCGUGAGUACAUGUGAAGGUUGCAAGAGCUUCUUUAAGAGAACGGUUCGUAACAGUACGAGCUAUACAUGCCGGGGACAAAACAACUGCCAUAUUGAUCGACAUAGCAGAAGUCGUUGUCCGGCUUGUAGGUUCCAGAAAUGUCUCGAUACAGGCAUGAAAAAAGAAGCUGUCCAGACGACAAAGCUACCAUCAUUUCCAAACUUCCAGUUUCCCUUUUACGGGGACAUGAACACAAUGUACGCACAGGGUAUGUUUCCUCUGACAGUGUUUCAGUCACCAUUCAUUCCAAUGGGUAUGAUUCCAAUCAACCAGACAAGACCCGACGUUGCUUACGAGCUCGCUGCCAACGUGCUCUUCUCUAUGAUGGAUUGGGCAAAGAAGCUAACAACUUUCAACCAUUUGAUCGAGAAUGACCAGAUAACUCUCCUCAAAAUGGCCUGGAGCGAUUUGUUUCUCCUCGAAGCAGCCCGCAGUCCAUUACAGAUGUAUGUACAGCAGAUGUACUCGACAAUCAAUGCGCAAACCAAGCAGCUUUCGAUGGAGGUGAUAUUGAAGAGAAUGGAAUAUGCCAGGAUGUUCCAGGAACAAGAGGAAAGAAUAAGAAAUCUUGGCAUGGACAUGACAGAGCACUUUCACCUCAAGUGUAUCGUGCUGUUUCGAGCUGAUGGUUCACUCAUCAGUCAGCCGCGCCAGGUCGAGGUUCUGCAAGACACUUCCCAAAGUUCUCUCGAACAAUACAUUCGCACUCAGUAUCCUACCCAACCCACCCGCUUUGGUAAACUUCUACUGAUGCUGUCAUCGCUGAGAAAGGUCGAGCCCACUGUCAUUGAGCAGCUGUUUUUCGCAGAUGUUCUGCGCGGCGCAUCUAUGGGUGACGUACUACGAAAAAUGCUGACUAACACUGUGGCGAACCCUACUACGCUUGCUGCUUUGGCCAACAAAGGAACAUGAAGUUUUGAAUAAGGACUAAGUGUCAAAGAUGAUUUUAGACAAGUAAAAAUUAAUCUUAAACAGUUAAGUAACUUUGGUUUAAGAGAAAAAAUAUUCUAACGCUUCGAGGCUGAAAAUCUCCUCACCCCUCCCUCUGUAAUAGUAGAGGAGGAAAUGAAUUUAGAUUAAAGAAAUAGAAUCUCUUAGAGAUUUUCAUAAACUCUUGCAGCAGAGACUGAUCAUCUCUGGAACAUAAGGAAGAUUUUCCCGCUUGGAAUUGUGGGGCUGAUGUUAAACCAACUGUCCCAUAGUUCCAUGCGACGCACUUUUGUUACCAGUGUUUUUAUUACCCUAUUUAUCUAGAAUAUUAGUAGAAAAAAGCAAAAGGAAUACAUUUGAAAAUAGAGUUUGUAGGUAAAAUAAUAAUCAAAAAAAUAUUUAUAUAUCAUAUAUAUAUUCAUAUACUUAAAUAAAGAGAUUAUACUAUAGAAUAUUAGAAACGUAUUUUACAAAAAGUUAUCAAAAGACAAAAAAUAAUGUGUGAACAAUUAGAAUGAAAGAGU